GAGAGAAAGACACGAGUGUGCAGCGUUGGCAUCUGUUUUAGCUAUUGUGUGUUUUGAUUUCCUGAGUGUUAUUGAGAAGUUUGUUUAUUUUUGAAGUGGCUUGAACUGAACUGAGCAAACAAAAAGUACAGAGAAGAGUGCAAUAGCUGUACAGAGAGGCAAAGAAAUAAAGAGCCUUACUUGAAUAUAUCACUGCUCCCUGUCUCCUCCUUUUCAUCCCCGAACAUUGACUGUGUUACACUGGUGCCGAAACCCGAGCGAAGAUAGAGGAUACAUCGUCAUGGAGUUGUCACCGCUGGGUGAAGUGAUCAAAACCCUCGCUGGUAUCCAGCAGAACCAGCACCAAGCCGUCGUCGAGUUGCGGCUGCAGCAGGAACAGCGUUUCCAACUCCUGCUCCAAGCCCAAGCAGAGGACCGACAGGCAUUCCGGAGCCUGAUCAGACACGUGGUGGUUGCUGCCACGGCCCCGGAGCCCACCUCGCCCGUCCCACCAGUCACCCUAGUCAAAAUGGGGCCGGUCGACGAUCCCGAAGCCUACCUCGGUCUCUUCGAGAAGACGGCCGAGGUGUGGAAAUGGCCGCCUGACCAGUGGGUGGCCUGAAUGUUGCCACUACUCUCCGGGGAAGCAUGGCUUGCGGCCCCAACAGCUUCCCGCAGCCAAUCUCCUCGUCUAUGCCGACCUGAAAUAAGACAUCAUGCAGCGGGUUGGCCGGAGCCCCGAACAGAGCUGUCAGCAUUUCCGCUCCCUGAAGCUAGAAAAAAAUGGCUGCCCGUUUGCGUUCACGCACCAGCUCUGGGACGCCUGCUGGAAGUGGUUACUGGCAGGGGAACCCCGCGGCACCCAGGACAUCGUGGACGAGGUGGUACUAGAACAAUUCAUCUCCCAGCUGCCCCAUGGUAUGGCCAAGUGGGUCGAGUGCCACCGUCUGGCAUCAUUGGAGGAAGCGGUCCAGCUGGCCGAAGGUUUCAUGAAGGUUGGCGAGCCCAGUCCUGUGGUAGCAGGGCCGGUCUGUUGGAGCUGUGGGGAGCCAGGAUGUCCAGUAAUGGAGGUGGGCACUCUGGUCCGUAUCCCAGACUCUCCACAGGCUGCCCCCGAUCGAGCUGGGGCGUAUCGGAUAUUUUACCCAUGGGGAUAAAUAUCAAGCUUUGGUGGAUUCUGACUGUUCCCAAAACUCUAUCCACCAAUGCUUGGUAUAAGACGGGGCACUGGGCACAAAUAAUCAGGUGAAAGUGCGGUAUGUGCACGGGAAUAUUCACACGUAUCCGGUGGUUACCAUCGAGAUACUAUUCAAGGGAAGAAAGCAUAGUGUAGAGGCUGCGGUUAAUUCCCACCUCACCCAUCCACUGAUUCUGGGGACAAAUUGACCUGAUUUUAAGAAUUUAUUAAGGGAAAUAUGCUGAUCUCCUGGGAUUUUCACACACAACAGUCUCUAGAAUUUACUCCGUAUGGUGGCAAAAACAAAAAACAUCCAAUGAGUGGCAGUUCUGUGGACGGAAAUGCCUUGUUGAUGAGAGAGGUCAACAGAGAAUUGCCAGACUGGUUCGAACUGACAAAGUCUACGAGCCCCUCAAACACUCGUUAUGCCAACCAGCUUGAUGAGACACACCACUCUCUCUCUCUCCCACAAACAGACACACGACCACGCCCCCAUCCCCACAGUGUACAACAGAGGGUGGUUACUGGUAUCAGAUGAUUCUCCCUAUGAGGGGACCCUGUGCAUGUAGAAUAAAACCGCUUUUAUAAGGUUUCUCAAAAAUCGAAUUUGAGUGCUAAUGAUUUUGUUUCACAGUUACAAUUUAUUCAUUUAGGAGUAAAACUUCAAAAGCUGUCCCUUUAAAGCUGAUGGGUGUAAUUUAUGUGCCACUUGUGUCACCAAACAGAAUUUCAAAUAUAAUCAGUUUUCAAACAGAUUCCAGAAAACUCCUUAUCUUUUGCUGGUUGUACAAACAGAUAGUCAUAUCCCAAACUAGCAACACUGCUUGAGCCGAUGCUGCCCAUCCAGCCUGACAAAGCUACAAUGUUUUCAUAGCACCACAGAGCCACUAUUAAAGGAAUAGUUCACCCCAAAAUGAAAAUUCUCUCAUCAUUUACUCACCCUCAUGCCAUCCCAGAUGUGUAUGUCUUUCUCUCAUCUGGUGAACACAAAUGAAAAUUUGGUCUGUAGGUCCAUUUAAUGCAAGUGAAUGGUGACCAAAAUUCAAAUGAAUCAAU